AUGUGCAGUGUUUUUUGUUCCACUCAUGGUAUCGCUUUUCUCGGCACGCCGUUGUGGUCGCCUAUGGAACCAGCCAGUGGCGUGCCGCUCUAUGGAACCAGCCUUACUAUAUUGGCCGAGAUCGUGACCCAAUCCAUCGGCCUGGCCAAGCAGAAGGACAUCGUCGAUGUUCUCAGGUGCGGUUUCGAAGCUGUGCUUUCAGACAAUCCAACCGACUUCGACACAAUGCACGAGGUGCGCCUUGCAAGAAAAUUGCCGCCAAUCAAAGUCGUUUGCUUCUACGCGGAGUUGCCGAUGGAGGAAUCUAAUUUCGUCCUGACUCGGGAUUUGGCCACGCUGCCGGGCUGCACCUCCGUUGGAAUCCACAAAAAUCAUAUGGAUAUGACUAAAUUCGCCACGGUGGAUGACUCCGGAUUCAUUGCUGUUCGUGAAACCCUAGGUCCGUGGAUCAAAGAAGUGGAUGCGACUGGAUCAUCGGUCGAUACUGCCAACCAGUAUGGUAGUAAUAAUCGUCAGUACAAUAAUUUUGGUGAGGGGAGGCAAAUGAUCAUUGAAGGCUCCCGUUUUAAGACGAAGGGGGAUCAAAAUUUCACGGUUCUGUAG